AUGUCUUUAUCAUUUGGAUUUCGAAUGAUUUCACAAUUGUUAUUAUCAUUUCAAAAUAUUUUUAUGUAUAUUUUAACUGGUAAAUCUUUAUUAGAACGAAUUAUUGUAAAUCGUCAAUUACCAUUUCCAUUACGUGUUUAUCAAAUAAAAAAUUCAAUUAAUUUUACAUCAACAAAAAAUCUUAAUCAUGAAAUUGAACAAAUAAAAAAUGAUAGAAAAAAAUCUUUAAUACAUGAUCAAUUAUAUACCGUUAUACAUAAAUUAGAAUUAUAUCAAAUAUUAAUUAAACAAAUAAAUGAUAUAAGAAAUAUAAAAGUAACAUCAACUGAACCGGAACAUCUUGAUUUAUUUGAAAAAAUAUGGUCACGUCUUGUUAUUCAAUCAAAAAAUGAUCAUGAACCAAUGAAUAUGAUUUCAAAACGUUGGACUAAAAUUGGUUUUCAAGGUCCAAAUCCAUUAACCGAUUUUCGAGGUAUGGGUCUUCUUGGUCUUCAAUCAAUAGAAUAUUUAUCUCGUGAUCAAAUAACAUGUUUAACAUAUGUUAAUAUUCCAUCACCAAAUGAUUAUUCAUUUGCUAUAGGUGUUAUAAAUGUUAUAUCAUGGCUUGUUAAUUUACUUGAAAUUGAAUCAUCAAAAGAAAAUAAUUCUCAUCCAUUAUUAACAUAUUUUUCUAUACAUCCAUGUAAUUUAGAUGAAUUUUUUCGAUUAUUUUUACUUAUUUUUAAUGAAUGGCAUCAAUUUUGGAUUAAUCAAAAAGCAAAUAUAAUGCAAUUUGAACAAUUAUCAAUAAUAUUUCGUGCACAACUACUUAUUGAAUGUCAACAAUGGCGUUCUAUACAACAAGGAUUUUCGAAAAAAAUUUCAAAACAAUUAUAA